GGAGAGGCCAUGACAAACUGCAUGAACAUCUGCAGCUCCUGUAAUCUGGUGUUUGCACAGCUAGAUACUGGUAUACACACAGUGCGGUCUAGAAAUGGGUUUUGUAAUAUGAGCCUGACGUGAUUCAAGACACCGACUUUUGUAUUCCGGCGAAGACGGCCUGGUGUAGUGGCAAAUUCGGCCCACCCGUAUGCGCGUCAAAAUCAGGGUCUUGCAGUAGUGGCUUGGCACCCCAAUCACGGGGUGAUGGCGGCUCAAAGGCGCAGCCAAACAGAAGUCAGAGAGCGAGAAUGUACUUUAUGCCUUCCGCCAAAUAACAGGAGAGCAGGUGGUGUAACCCGAGAUCCUCAGCUUCAUUGCCUGCACGUCAUUGCUUUUGUCAUUGUUCAGCUUAUCGCGACCCUUCAAAGCAACCCAACAACCCCUGCAGGACAUUCAACGGCCCCUCAGCGCAGCAGCAACAUCGCAAGGUUCACCUGCAGCCUGCUUCACUGCUCCGACUCUGUGGGCGGUGACCUCGCACGUUGUCUGUCGCCUUCUGUCUGCGACGUGCGCCUGCCAAACAGAAAUAGGCCCGACUAGCUAGUAGUCGUCCGACAUUCACUGCCUGACGGCUGAAACGCUACACGCAAGGUACCACCUGCGUCCCACGAGACCAGAACGACAAAA